GGCGCCGCAAGACAGAAGCCAAGCGCAGGACGAUGCGUCGGCGGGGUCGCGUGACCCAGGAAGAGAUCGCGAUGGACAACAUCCGCCAGCUCCAGGGGCAGAUCCAUGACAUGCAGCGCGACAAGGCGAACCUCCUCAGCGAGAACCAAGACCUCGCGUCGGCGCUCGUACAGCCUCUCCUCGUCCAUCUCCAUCUCAUGGACCAUCCUCCGCAGAACUUGACGCGCUCCGACUUGGCCUCGGCGAGGAAGAAGACGAUUGAGCUCCAGAUGGCCAUGGGUACGACCCGGCUUUUCCUUCUCGGCAAUGAUCCUCUCUUCUCCAGUGCGUCGCAAUGUCAGCGACGCGAAAGCGAAGCCUACAAUUGCCAUGCGAGACGUCAGCGUGCAAUGCUCCUUGAAGUCUCGGGCCAAAAUCGCCGACACGAAGAGACCAGCUAAGAAGAACAAGGCUAGCCCAA